AUGUUGAAUGGUAGAAAAGCAGGAGAAUUAUUGACAAAAAUGCAGUACAUCAUGAUUUAUGUUUUUAUAAUGUCAGUGGUACCUACGGUCUCAACUGAAAAGCAUAUCAUUGAUGAAUUGCAUAUUGAUGGUUCAAGCAUUGUCAGACCCAACUACGAAGAUGCGUACAAUGGACAUGAGCUGAAACUGUCUUGGUACAAAAAUCAAAGUUUUGAGGUCUUUGACCAGAACACGUUGCCACAAUUCACUCUAGCGGGCUACGAGCUAGACGAACACUUGUUAUACUAUGCAGAAGACAUUCCACCCUGGUCUUCGCUCGAAGUAACAUUCAUUUUACAAAGGCAGCUAGGUUACUAUCUACUUGUUUUCUACGUUCCAUGUGUUCUACUGGUUACAGUAUCGUUCAUAUCGUUUUGGUUGUCGUACCAAGCAACGGCAGCGAGAGUUAGUCUCAAUCUGACAUCGGCAUUAACAGUCGUUGCUCAGGGGAUCGGUGCUCGUUUUUUCCUUCCCCGUGUCUCGUACACAACGGCAUUAGAUGUAUAUAUCUUUGCAAGCUUCUGUUUUGUGUUAGGCGGUCUCGUCGAAUUUGCUUUUGCCAACUUCCUAUCGAGAAAGUGUGUUGUUUGUAAGUGCCGUGGAAACAACAUAGCCAUCGCGAACAACCCCAAAACGGAGGAACCGGCAAGUAUAAUUCAUUGA